CAGCUGACUUGGGGUAUCUGAGCUGAAGACAGAGGAAAGUGGGGAAGAUCUCACAGCUCCCUGGGCCACCAUGUGCUUUGGCAAAUGCGCGCGGUGCAUAGGGCUGUCCCUGGCCGGGCUGGCCGUCCUCUGCAUCGUGGCUAACAUUUUGCUUUACUUUCCUAAUGGGGAGACAAGGUUUGCUUCUGAAAACCACCUCAGCCAGUUCGUGUGGUUCUUUUCCGGCAUCAUAGGAGGGGGCUUGCUGAUGCUCCUGCCAGCGUUUGUGUUCAUUGGGCUGGAAGAGGAAGACUGCUGUGGCUGCUGUGGCCAUGAAAACUGUGGCAAGAGAUGCGCGAUGCUCUCUUCUAUACUGGUGGCUCUCAUCGGACUCGCAGGAUCUGGCUACUGCGUCAUUGUGGCAGCCCUGGGCUUGGUGGAGGGACCACUAUGUCUGGAUUCCUCUGGAAUGUGGAACUACACCUUUGCCAGCACCGAGGGACAGUACCUUGUGAACACUUCCACCUGGUCGCAGUGCGUGGAGCCCAAGCACGUGGUGGAAUGGAACGUAUCCCUGUUUUCUAUUCUCUUGGCGCUCGGUGGAAUUGAAUUCAUCCUGUGCCUCAUUCAAGUUAUAAAUGGACUACUCGGGGGCACAUGUGGCUAUUGCGGCUCUCGCCGGCAGCGAUAUGACUGUUAAAAGAACCACCUCAAGACAGAAGCACAACUUUCCCUCUAUUUUGUUGUAAUUUAUAUGUUUUCCUUGUAUUGAUAUGUAAACCUUUGUACUAAUGUAUCAUAUUCCACAUAUUCUACUUUUAUAAAAAUGUAUGAAGACUGGCAUCUUCACGUGAUGUCAGUGUUUGAACUUAGCAAAUGAACUUUUUUAGGGAAUGAUUACCUCUCUGGGGGUAAUUUAUAGACUGAGCAACAGCCCUCAGCAUAUCUGAGAUAGACUCAGCGAUGCUUUGGAUAAAAAUAUCAUUCCAAUUACGAUUGUGUAUAUAUGCAUGUUUUUUUAAAUGACAAAUGUCCAGUUUCUUUUUUAAGACAAAGAAGGAGAAAAUACAACAACCUGAAAAGAUGUGUUUUUUCACUGUUUAUAUGGUGUUUCCCACUCAGAUGCCUACAAAUCCCCAGCCAGGGGCCUUUUGAACUACCCUGUGUUUUGAGAGAGGCAAAUAGGACUAACGGAGAAUGUUCCAAUCGAAACGAAUGAGUUAAAACAUACAAUGGCUGCCAUUUGCUUUGAGUACUAUCAGAUCUUAAAUUUUUCUAACAUACGGGGAGCUUUUUGUUCUUAAAAGACAAGCACUAUGGAUCCUGUGAUUGAAGAGAGAAAGGCCGGGAUACUUGGAUAAAGAUGAGAGACGGGAAACGGAAUAAAGCAGUUGAUCAACAUAAUGGGGGGAGGGUGGGAGAGCCACAAGGAACCCCCCCAUCUCACUUGUUUACAAUAAAAUAUU